AUGGUGCUGACUGUGGACGGAUAUGUACUUUAUGGAUAUCCUAUUGAAAUCGAGUUGAAUGGAACGAUGUCUGGUGGAGAGAUUCCUGUAGAGAACAGUUCUGAAAAAGAGACACCUUCAACUCUCUCAAAAACUGAAACUUCAGCAAGCUUGGCCGAAUUGUCAACAACAUUCCAGACUGAGGAAACCCCAAAUGUAACAUCCGUAGAACCAUGGAGAACAACUACAUACGGUGGAGGCAACCAACCAUCGGAAAAACCUAGCGUAACUACCGAAGGACUAUGGACAAUCCCAACCGGAUCUACCGAAGUACCAUGGAGGACAACUACAUACGGUGGAGGCAACCAACCAUCGGAAAAACCUAGCGUAACUACCGAAGGACUAUGGACAAUCCCAACCGGAUCUACCGAAGUACCAUGGAGGACAACUACAUACGGUGGAGGCAACCAACCAUCGGAAAAACCUAGCGUAACUACCGAAGGACUAUGGACAAUCCCAACCGGAUCUACCGAAGGACCAUGGAGGACAACUACAUACGGUGGAGGCAACCAACCAUCGGAAAUACCAAGCGUAACUACCGAAGGACUAUGGACAAUCCCAACCGGAUCUACCGAAGGACCAUGGAGGACAACUACAUACGGUGGAGGCAACCAACCAUCGGAAAUACCUAGAGUAACUACCGAAGGACUAUGGACAAUCCCAACCGGAUCUACCGAAGGACCAUGGAGAACAACUACAUACGGUGGAGGCAACAAACCAUCGGAAAUACCUAGCGUAACUACCGAAGGACCAUGGACAACCUCAACCGGAUCUACCGAAGGACCAUGGAGAACAACUACAAACGAUGGAGGCAACCAACCAUCGGAAACACCUAGCGUAACUACCGAAGGACUAUGGACAAUCCCAACCGGAUCUACCGAAGGACCAUGGAAAACAACUACAAACGAUGGAGGCAACCAACCAUCGGAAAUACCUAGCGUAACUACCGAAGGACCAUGGACAAUUCCAACCGGAUUUACCGAAGGACCAUGGAGAACAACUACAUACGGUGGAGGCAACCAACCAUCGGAAACACCUAGCGUAACUACCGAAGGACUAUGGACGAUCCCCACCGGGACUACCGAAGGACCAUGGAAAACAACUACAAACGAUGGAGGCAACCAACCAUCGGAAAUACCUAGCGUAACUACCGAAGGACCAUGGACAAUUCCAACCGGAUUUACCGAAGGACCAUGGAGAACAACUACAUACGGUGGAGGCAACCAACCAUCGGAAACACCUAGCGUAACUACCGAAGGACUAUGGACGAUCCCCACCGGGACUACCGAAGGACCAUGGAAAACAACUACAAACGAUGGAGGCAACCAACCAUCGGAAAUACCUAGCGUAACUACCGAAAAACUAUGGACAAUUCCAACCGGAUUUACCGAAGGACCAUGGAGAACAACUACAUACGGUGGAGGCAACCAACCAUCGGAAAUACCUAGCGUAACUACCGAAGGACCAUGGACGAUCCCAACCGGGACUACCGAAGGACCACGGACGAUCCCAACCGGGACUACCGAAGGACCAUGGACGAUCCCAACCGGGACUACCGAAGGACCAUGGACGAUCCCAACCGGGACUACCGAAAGACCAUGGGGAACAACUACAAUUGAACGUGGUAACGGAUCAUCGGAAACUCCAAGUGAAGCAUCCGGUUCUCAAAAUGUGAGUCGCUCUGUUUCAAAAUUUCCUUCCUAAUUAUCACUCUUACAGAUUGCUUUGACAACUCGACGAACUGUAAAUGGAGAAUGCGUGGAAUACAAGCUCAGCGUUGUGUUGUUCGGUCAAGAAUCCAUUCCGCAACAUUCAAUUCCUGUUUGUUUCAAGAGAAAGUAAGUCGACAAUAUUUUCUGUUGUGUGCAAUCGUUCAAUUGUUGUUUUGUUAUAGAUGCACUGAAAAUUGGUAUCGCGUAGUUUCAAAUUGUGAAGCAUACUUCCCGGACUGGAAGAUCGUUGUUGGAGUUUCAGAAUGA